UUUUCGUAUACCACAACCGCAGUGAAGUUUAACAACAAAGUGCGGUGGUUGUGUCAUGUAAUCUGGGAAAGGUUUGAGUAAGACGUAGUGUUUUAGAGAAAAUGGUUGACGCUUUUGUUUUUCGUGCCCUACCUGUUUAUCACGCGCAGAUUGGAAUUAAUGAUACUCCAAUUACGAGAGCUCUUGAAGAAGGGCAGUUUAAACUUGCCCAACAACUUAUUCUCGAAAAUUCGGACCGCAGCUAUCUUGAUGAAGGCCCUUUUGUGAAAAUACCAUUGGCACUAGUACUAUCAGGAGAUCCAGAGUUUAGAAAACAUCAAAGACAUUUGGGUUUAGCAAAGUUACUAGUUGAACGUGGAGCAAAUCCUAACUUACGCAUACCAACAUCGGAACUUCAGCGAGCAAGUCCAAGUCCUAUGGAAUACUUAAUAAACCUACUUAGUAGCACAAGGGAUGUUGUAUUACAACAAAGUGUGUUCAUUUCCAGUGAUCAGAGUGCAAGCAGCCUAGAGUCAGGAGAAGAGGAAGAGGACAUCACUAAUCCAUUACGAACAAUAGGCCUUAAUGGUGAAGAGAAAUUAUCUGCCAGUGAACUUCGUGAACAGCUCCUCAUGCUUCUUGAUGUAUUUCUAGCUAAUGGUGGGGAUCCUAAUGUAACAACAGGCAUAGCAAACUCUACAUUAUUCCACAUUGUUUUAUCUGAGAAUGACCCAGAUAUGGAAGUGGCACUGAAAUUGUGUGAAGCAGGUGGAAACCUGAACAUUCCUAAUGGUCAUGGUACUACACCCUUAAUGGACGUAAUAUCAUAUGCUGAUGGUGAUGCAGCUCUUGAUAUUCUGCAGAGAAUUUGGGACAAAAAUCCUGAUAUAUCCUCAUUAGAGUCACAGAACUCUUCAAAUGAAACUGCAUUGUGGCGUGCUAUGCUGGCUGGUUCCCCUCAGUUGGCAAUGGAUUUAUUACACAGAGGUGCUGAUCCAGGACAUCGCGCAAAAGUGUAUGCUGCUAGGUGGCACAGACUACCUUCAGCAGACCAAACUAACAGACGUUUUGGAGUGGAGGCGACCUCAAAUGGUGUUUCUGCACUCUAUGCACCUUUGUUGCAGCAGUCAUCUCCAUACAUCAAUCAUUCAUCAGUUUUCACACACUCAAGACUGGAAUCUAUAGAAAGACCUCUGCCAUUCAAUGUUAAUUUGAUGAAUAAAGUUAUGGCAUGUGCUGUUUACCCUGUUGUUGAUAAUACAUACACCUCAGAACUUUUCACUCCAAAUGUACUUGAAGAAUUGGAGAAAUUGCUGUCUAGUGAAACUAAAUUUGAUGCACAAGAAAUGCUACUUAAGGGAAUAACAAUGCAAGAAAUAGGUAUACUGUUGUUUGGACAUGUAAAGGCAGGACUGCAACAAUUGUGCGUCCGGCAGAUCUUGCACCAUAUAUUAUUCGAGAAACCAUUGGCUCAGGCAUUUGAAUUGCUUACUAAUUUAAAACGCGUAGAAGAUGAAACAAAAGAAGAAAUGAAGACCGCAAUCACAGUGCCUGCUGUAGAUGCUAUAGAAAAUUGGGAUGAUGACUUAAUUGAAACUGAUAAUGUACAAGCUCGUCCAACUUUUGAAUCAAGUUCAGAUGACGUAAAUUCUGAUCUGUCAGAAUGUAGCAAAGAAUACUGUGGUGUAAAUCCAAAUUUGAUAAAGGAUCAUUGGAACCUAAUACAUAAGCUGUGUCCUUCUGUCAUUCACGAAUUAGUUGUAUCUGUAUUAAACCUUCCCACUGUGUUAGUUCCUCGUUUUGAAAUUGAAGCUGCACGUUUACAAUUUGGUGCUUCUAUGUAUACAUAUGAACAUGUGGGGAGCAUGGUAGACUGGGAAGGAAUGUCUUAUGAAGGAUCAACAGAGCAAUUUUGGGAUAUUGUUGAUGAUGGAGACUUUGAUAUGACGUACGCAAGUGACAGCUAUGAUGAAGAUGUUGAUGAUGACUCUGACUACUGUUUGUUUGUCCGGCAUCCAACAAUCUCUUGUAAUUCAUUCCCAUUAAUAUCAUCAGUACCUACUACUUCUUCUUCAGAUGAAGAUAUCUUAUAUCCUUGCAAUAAUGGAUCCGCUGCAAAUGAGGCAAUGACAGUUAUCACCCAAGUACGGAAAACUGCCAGAAAUGUGUCAUCUCCAUCAGAAUACAGUGAAGUUGAUCAGAAUAGCUUGGAUGUUGAUGCAGCCAAAGAUAUUCAUGAAAGUGAAACUACUAAUUCUGGAAACUGUAGUUCGGGAGAGCAAGUUCCAUCAAGUGUGCGAAGGGAUGAGUAUCAGAAACUCAACUGUGAAGUUUGCAGCUGCAGCACCAGCUCCUCAGAAACUAGUUUCAAUAAUAGUGCAAGUAGUAAUGAAACGACAAAUUCAAGAUGAACUUAUAUGGACAAUGUAAAAAAAACCUGUGAUCUGCAUUUCUGUUUAAGGUGGAAAGUGAUGUAUUGGACUUUGAAAGGCUGUGAAUUUAUUAUGGAACUUACAUAAAACUUUUUUUUUUUUUUUUUGUUUAUUACUUUCUCUUUGUGUGCAAUCAAAAGCAGGUGUUUGCUAAUGUCUACUAUUCUAGAAUAUUUCACUGAUUGGUGGAAGGUCCCACACAUUGUCAAGCAUUUUGUUCCACAGGAAAAAAAUUAAUAAUAAUAAAUAAAUAAAUGUCUUGUAGGUGUAACGUAUGCAUGAAAAUCUAUGAAUUAGGCAUGUACUGUACUAUUCAGUUGUACAAAUUUCGUUUUCCAAUUUCCACAGUCUUCUUUAGUGGUUUUUCCCCCAUCAAAGUGGAAUUCCAACAAAUUAUA